UCGUUCGCGAGUCGCUCUUUAGAGCAGUCAUGGCGUCGUUUGUGGCCCGCGGUGCUGUGAAGGCGGUCAAGCCGAUUUUUAGCCGGGAUGUGGACGAAGCGAAGCGGCGGGUGAGGGAGCUUUACCGAGCAUGGUACCGAGAGGUUCCCAACACAGUGGCGAUGUACCAGCUGGACAUCACUGUGCGACAGGGCAGAGAAAAGGUCAGAGAGAUUUUCAACAAAAACAAGCAUGUCACUGACCCCCGCAUCAUUGACAUGCUGGUCAUCAAGGGUAAAAUGGAACUUCAGGAAACCAUCCACAUCUGGAAGCAGAAAACACAUGUGAUGCGUUACUUCCACGAGACCAAAACCCCCCACCCCACUGACUUCCUGUCAAAAUUUUACCAUGGACACGACCCCUGACCUCCCCCACCCUACAUUUGCACAUCUAUUUGUGAUGAAUGAAUGUGUGCUUAUUAUCUGCUGUUGAACUGUAAAUACACUCAUAUGUUAUCCAAA